AAACGAGACAGCGCUUUCUCCCCUCACUUUUCCCCUUCGACUCUUCUCCAGCUCCCCACCUCACCUCCAAGCAGCCAAUCCAGCAACCCGUGCCGCCGCGCCGCACGGAUGGCGGGUGGCAGCGGCGAGGGCGCCGCAAUGUCGCCGCCUUCCUCCUCCGGUGUUGGCGGCGGCGGCGGUGGCGGAAAGCGCGGGAGGGAUCCGGAGGAGGACGUGUACGUGGACAACCUCCACUCCCACAAGCGGUACCUCAGCGAGAUAAUGGCGUCCAGCCUGAAUGGGCUCUCUGUAGGAGAUUCGCUUGCCGACAACAUCAUGGAGUCCCCUGCGAGGUCUGAGAGUUCCUCUUGUGUCAGGGACGAAAUAAUCUCCCAAUACUCACCAAUGUCAGAAGACUCAGAUGACUACCGGUACUUCGACACGCAACUAAACCCCAACGGGAGUCAAGGCGAUGCAAUGGUCAGCCCAUCAACUAGUCCGAUGUCUUCUCCUCACCGGUUCCAGAAACCGCAAGCUGGUUUCCUACCAUCAAGCCCAUAUCCUCUCCCCAGCUGCUCCCUCUCAUCCGUGGCUUGCUCUCACCCUCGACGUGGCUCUGAGAAUGAAGGCCGGUUCCCGUCUUCACCCAAUGACAUGUGCCACGGCGCGGACCUGAGGCGAACAGCGCUACUGAGGUCGGUGCAAAUGAGGGUGCAUGGUCCCCAUGCAUACGACCCGUCAUUCGGCAGCCGGCAGGAGCAAGAACAUGUCCAUGAGCAUGAUGAUGAACAUGGUCAUGAACAUCUGGAAGAUUUGGGAGGGCCGGAAAGACCAUCUUGCAGGAAAUCAAUUGAUAAUGAAGCUAGUGGCUACCAGGGGGCUGAAAACAGCUAUGGGCGGCAGGAGCAUGAUAUUGAUUACAUCCACGGCUGCACAGCUGAUGAUGUCUUGAGUGGCCCCAAGUUCAAGCAAGAAGAUGAUAACCAAGGUUUGAUGUAAUUGAGGAUUAACUCAAGUUUUCUUGUGCAUGAUUGGGAAUUUUCUGAAAGCAUCUAGCUCGUCUCUCUCCCUUUGCCGUCUGUUGUACAACAAUCUCUUCAACGUGUAGUUCUUAGAUUACAUAUGUAGUGUUGCAGAAAAGGAUUACAUAUGUAGUUUCUGUACAGUUUAUAUGAUUUUCUGCAGGUUUUUGUAGUUCAGAUGUGUAGUUUCUGUGCAGUUUAUGUGAUUUUGGACUAUGAAAUGCUUGUGAUGUUCCCAUACGCAAAAGAUUUGAUGUACUUC